AUGCCGUGGUUCCAACAGCCACAGCUGAUCUUUUCUCGGAUCGUUGGGCUCAGCACCACCCUGUGGUUCUGCUGCAAGGUUGGAAGCUGGGCGAAAAAUCUGAGCCGUUUGGGCAGCCUGAUUUUUCGGCUGCUGCGGCCAGGGCGGUUGUGGCGCUACCCGGAUUAUGGACACCUGCUUAUGGUGCCGCUGUAUCCAGGAAACCCACCCAGCCUGGAGGCCACAAAAGACGCCCAAAAACUCCUGGAUGAAGCGAAGAACGACUCCUUGGAGGUGGAGCAAUCCAUGACCCUUCUUGGAGAGGCCAUUCUGCUAAACCCUCCAGGGGUCGAGGUGUACCUUCUCCGGGCCCAGAAGUUCAAUAGUCAAGGGAUGCAUAUUUCUGCCCUGGAUGAUGCAGAGAUGUGUGUGAGCAUCGACUCAAAAUGUGUCGAGGGAUGGCUGGAGAAGGGCAAGGCGGAGAUGGGCCUGGGCCGAGCAAUGGAUGCAGCGCAGAGCUUUCAUCAAGGCCUCCAACUGGCGCCGGAGCAUCAGGACCUGAAGGACCGGUUUACAGCUGCGCGGGCGGAACCCUCGCCCAACAUCUUGCACCAGUUCAAGGAUCUGGUCUUCGCAGCACGACUGGGCUUGGAAACCUUGUUCCGAACCCUGGAGGAUCCGCACAAGACCAAUGAUGCCUUUGUGGAGAGCAACAUGGUGGUGCUUGAUGCUCAACUGGGCCUACUGGCCCAGACAUUGCAUGUCAAUACCUCAGUCCUCUUCGAAUCGCCACGGCUGUGCGAUGCCUACGAUCAGAUCGUUCGCGCCUGCUCUCAACUGGUGGCCGGAGCACCUGGGGCGUUUUCGAGGCGGCUUCAGCAUGCUGAGAGCAUCACCCGGGGCCUCUGUUUGGCCGUGCGCAUCGGGUGGCACAUCCAUCAUGGCAUUGCGAAGCAUGCAGCCACUGCUUUGAUCAUGAAGAACUGA